AUGGCAGAUGAUCAUGUAGUACUCUUCAACCGUCCCUUCGCUCCGCCGCCGCGGCGUCCCGGCGGCGGGGACCCCGGGCGGGGGCCCCGGUUGCCCCCGCCCCUCGCCCCUCCGGAACCCUACAUUCCUGCUGGUGUGGCUACGAGCGGCGGAGGAGGAAGAGGGUAUCCCAGAGGAGGCUACGGAGGAGGAGGCUAUGGCCAAGGCCGAGGUGGAGGCGGCUAUGGAGGCGGCUAUGGAGGAGGGGGCUAUGGUGGAGGAGGCUACGGCCGCGGUGGCUACGGAGGAGGGCAAAAUACCGUCAUCAUAGACCGAGGGAACGACGGGGUUGGCAACUUCGCAACGGGCCUCAUGCUUGGGUCAGCGAUGGGCGGCUGGGGGCACGGCUGGGGCUUCGGCUACGGCUUCGGGGUUCCCAUGCACAUGGGCUUCGGCUUCCACGGCGCAGGCUUCCACAACCAGUGCUCCUUAGGCGCCGUCUACUCGUAA